GCGACUGUCAACCAUUCAGUUAUUCUGUUUAUUUGUUUUGCGACCGCUAAUUUUCUUUCUUUAGUAUUCUUGCAAACAAUACUAUACUAAUUCAGUAUUAAUCUUGCAUAAAAAUGAGUCGCAGAAAACGUGCAAAGGUUGAGACCCGGGAACUUGAUGAGAAGUUAAAACAAGAUGAUUCUGAAUCUGAUCAGUCGGAAAAGAGUAAAGUUACAUCUUCAAGCCCAACUUCAGUCGGAGGUCGGCGGGAAUCUUCGUCUAGCCGAACUGAGGUUAAAGACUCGAAGGAUAAAAAAGAAGACACUAAAGCUGAGGACACCAAGAAUGAUGAUAUUGAGGAAAUAAAUUACAAAGAAAUGCUUAACAGUCUAGAGGGAGCAGCAUUUCAAUCAAGGCUUCCAUUUGAUAAGAUGUCAUCUUUAGAAGCAGAGUGUUUCUCUGAUUUGCAAGGAGCAUCAAGCCAUGCUUUUGUUCAAAUCAGGAACCGUAUUUUGAAACUAUGGUUUGAAGAUCCCAAGAAACAGUUGACUCAAGAAAUCUCUGUUCAAAAGAUGGAAGCCCCGUACAAUGGUGAUCCUGCAUUGGUAAUGCGAACUCAUGCAUUCUUGGAAAGACAUGGAUUCAUAAACUAUGGAAUAUAUGAGCGAACUACUCCCAUACCAACUCCUCCAAAAGGAAAGCAGAGGCCAAAAGUCAUCAUAAUAGGAGCAGGAGUUUCCGGUUUAGCUGCUGCUAGACAACUGCUUUCUUUUGGCUGUGAAGUGGUUAUCCUCGAAGGAAGAGAUAGAGUCGGUGGCAGAAUUGUGACAUACAGGAAGGGGCCUUAUGUUGCUGACUUAGGAGCAAUGGUUGUGACCGGACUUGGAGGGAACCCUGUGACUACAUUAUCAGUACAGAUGAAUAUGGAAUUGCAUAAAAUCAAGCAAAAGUGCCCCCUUUAUGAAGCAACUGGUAACCAAGUACCGAAGCAUAAGGAUGAAAUGGUGGAGCGUGAAUUUAACAGACUUCUGGAUGCUACGUCUUAUCUGUCACAUCAGGUUGAUUUUAAUUACUACAAUGACACACCCGUCUCUCUCGGCCAAGCGUUGGAAUGGGUUAUCAAACUGCAACAGAAAAAUGUCAAACAUAAGCAGAUUCAACACCUCAAGGCGCUCAUAACAUUGCAAGAGCGACUUAAAACCAACAUUAACAAAAUGUCGGACAUGAAAGAGCUCUUGCAAUCAAUGAAAGCUGAGAAAGACGCUUUGCUAGUAGAGAGAGACAAGGGUGUGACGGGAGACGCAAGUAUUUUGCAAGAGUUCAAUUUUCGCCGCCUAAACAGAGAAAUGAAUCUGUUGUGUAACGAGUAUGAAAGUUUGGUGACUACUAACGCUACGAUUGAGGAAAAAUUGGCGCAACUCGAAACUAAUCCGCCUAGUUCAGUGUAUUUGUCGGUACGCGAUAGACAAAUACUUGACUGGCACUUCGCUAAUCUGGAGUUCGCGAACGCAACACCGCUUGGCAACCUGUCUCUCAAACACUGGGAUCAAGAUGACGACUUCGAAUUCACCGGGAAUCACUUAACAGUUCGCAACGGCUACUCUUGCGUGCCAGUGGCUCUGGCCGAUGGUCUGGACAUCAGGCUGGGUACAGCUGUCACCGACAUACAGUAUGGAGGGCCUGGAGUCACCGUGAAGGCUGUCAGCACCAGAAACCCAAGUCAACCGCAAACAUUUAAAGGUGACGUGGUACUAUGUACGCUACCCCUGGGCGUGCUGAAGGUGGCCGUGGCGAACAAUGGACAAAACCAACAGAACUUCGUCAAGUUCGAUCCCCCGUUACCUGAUUGGAAGGUGGCAGCUAUCAAGCGACUUGGCUAUGGAAACCUAAAUAAAGUCGUUUUAUGUUUCGAACGAACAUUCUGGGAUCCGAGCGCAAAUCUCUUCGGCCACGUCGGAACGACCACCGCAAGCAGAGGUGAACUGUUCCUAUUCUGGAACUUGUAUAGUGCUCCAGUGCUGUUGGCCCUGGUAGCAGGGGAGGCAGCGGCCGUGAUGGAAAACGUCACCGAUGACGUCAUCGUAGGCAGAUGCAUCGCUGUCCUCAAGAGCAUUUUUGGACAUGCAGCUGUGCCCCAACCGAAGGAAUGCGUGGUGACAAGGUGGCGUGCAGACCCAUUCGCUCGGGGCUCGUACAGUUUCGUGGCAGUUGGUUCCUCUGGCACUGACUACGACCUCUUAGCGGCCCCAGUCCCGGGCGCUCCAGGAGAGAAUAGACUGUUCUUCGCUGGUGAGCAUACGAUGAGGAACUAUCCAGCGACAGUUCACGGGGCCUUUCUGUCAGGUCUUCGCGAGGCUGGUCGUCUUGCAGAUCUCCUGAUGCCUCAGCCACCGAUCACCAACGCCAGCGUUGCAGCCGCCACCGCGGCAGCUAACCUAGCCUCUUAGUUUAAGCUCAAUUUGUGUUUACUCAGCAAUCAUGCUGAUUCUUCCUAACUAGAUAGUUAACUCUUUAGAAUAGCAUUUUUAAAUUUUUUCAAGCGAAGAUUUGGUGAAUGGAUUAUAGCUUCGAUAAGCUCCUUAUUAUUGAGGUUACUGUAAUUAUUUUCCUCAUACCAGCUUUAGAAGCAUUGAUCAUAAUCAGACAGAUGUUCUAUUUAAAAGUGAUUGCAGACAAAUGUUGUAUUGGAGUCUUUUAGAAAUGAACGCAUUGAACACCCAAAAUGUUACGGUAGUGUGAGUGAAGCCGGUUUUAGUGUUUCCAAUUCAGUUCAUUUUUCCUCGUUUAAGUUAACUAUCUAAUCUAGGAGCUCUGUAAUGUUUCAAUUUAGAUAGCAGUAUUUUUGUGUUUUCUUUAUUUUUUUCGUUGAUCUUGAAAAAGAUCCGAUACUUUAUUAAGUGCAACUGUGUUUGGUUUCACGACCAAUGUAGGAUAGGCAAAUUAAUUUUUAAUUCCAACUUUUUUAACAUUAAGUUUUCCUUCAACAAUUUCAAUCUUAAACUAUUGACGGAUAUUUGACGUAGAUAAUUUAUUUUGGACGUUAUCUAAUUAAUUUUGUCGUGAUUGAGUUUCCUUAUGAAAUUAUUAUUAUAACAAGUUUCUUGAUAUUUGACCUAGAUAAAUAAUAAUUGUCAUCAAAUUGUUGACCGAGUUCGAUUUCCUUAUGUAGCACUGAUUUUUCAUUUUUAUUGUAAGUUCUAAAUUAGUAUAGUGUUCAGUUCGUACCAAAAUUAAAACAAUUUUUAAAUGUAAUUCUAUUCAAACAAUGACUGAAAAUAUAUUUAUAAUAAAGCGGUAUAAGUUAAAACCCCAUUGCAUUUACAAUUAAAAUGAAAGCCGUUUUCAAAAAAGAUUUUUUAGACCGCUGACCGCCAAAUAUGGAAUAAUACCAACGGCUUUUUAAAUUAAAAUGGCUUUAUGUGAUUUUGCUGGAUUAAAAUUGAAUUUGUGCAGGGUGAAAUUUUAUUAUUCUUCCUUUUUUGCAUAGUAUUAUAACGUUACGCUUCAGAAUGGAUUCCAAUAUCGAAAAAUAAACAAUACAAUUCAAAAAAUUGAAUAUUUAAAUUUCACCCUUUAAUUCAUGAGCAUAAAUUAGCUCGAGUGUCUUAUUUUAAUAGCGUUUGAAUAGUUUUGUAACAAUAAAACGUUUCAAAAGUU